CCCCGCCGCCCCCUUCCUCCUCCUGCUUCCCCCUCCCCGGCCGCGGAACAGGAGGAUGCCGCGCUCCGGGCCGCUCCCCGCCGCCCUCUCGCUGUUGCUGGCGACGGCCGCGCUCCUGCCGGGACCCGCCGCGGCGCAGAACGAGCCCAGGAUCAACGCCAGCGAGGAUGUAGUCAUUCAUCUGUAUGGUCCAGCCGUCACAUUGCAGUGUAACCUCACCACAAGUCCCAGCCCCCUUUCUGCCAGUUACUGGGUGAAGAACGGAGAGGAGAUCCCUGGCACUAGAAAAUCUUCGAACACUACAGAAUACAAGAUUUUGAAGCCCAGAGCAGAAGAGUCAGGGGAAUACUUGUGCGUGUUUGUGUUUUCAAACUCUCCUAUAGCCAACGCCACUAUAGAAGUGAGAGCUAUUCCUGACAUCACUGGCCACAAGCGAAGUGAAAAUAAAAAUGAGGGGCAGGAGGCACUCAUGUACUGCAAGUCUGUGGGCUUCCCGCAUCCCGAGUGGGUGUGGCGCAAGAAGGUCAAUGGAGUAUUUGAGGACAUCAACAACUCCUCCGGCAGAUUCUUUAUUUCAAAUAAAGACAACUACACUGAGCUCAGCAUCACAAACCUACAGAUAAACGAGGAUCCUGGCGAGUACCAAUGCAACGCAACCAACCAGGUCGGCUCUGUCUCGGUCACAACCAUCCUCCGUGUCCGCAGCCACUUGGCUCCCCUCUGGCCCUUUUUGGGGAUCUUGGCAGAAAUCGUUAUCCUCGUUGUCAUCAUAGUUGUUUAUGAGAAAAGGAAGCGGCCGGAUGAAGUCCCAGACGAUGAUGAACCAGCUGGGCCAAUGAAAACCAAUUCUACAAACAAUCAUAAAGAUAAAAACUUACGCCAGAGAAACACAAAUUAAAAAUGCUUAUCAUAGCUUUAAGUUUCUGAGAGACUGAUGGCAAUAUGACCUGCUAAAUUUAAGGGUUGGAACUCUUGGUUCUAGAACUCCAGUUCUGUCUGAUUUUUUUGUUUUUGUUUGGUUUUUUUUUUUCUCCUUUUCAAGUGAGCAACAAUAUGACUGUCUAAAGCAUGCCUUAUUUAGCCUCUCCUGUAAGGAUGACCUAGCCAGAUAAAUUUUAAUAAUGCUUCAGUGUAGAAGGUGUAAACUAUUUUGGGCUUGAUGUGCUGUGAAUGUUGCUUUUUUUUUGUUUUUUUUCCUCCUUAAUCUAUUUAAACAUUAGAAGCAGUAAGUUGGUUCACGCAUGCGCCAUUUUUUACUUCCUGUAGCUGUUAAAAUUGGCAAAGCUCUAAAACGCACUGCUGCCAUCUAGUGAUACUUUUUGUAAAGUACAGCAAAACUUAAAAAUCUAUACAGUAUAUAUUUAUAUUUUGGGGGAGGGGGAAAAACCAAAAUACAGUAAUUGUGUUUCAUUUUUAAGCUGCUGAUAUUCAUUCCUUACUGUAUGUCUGAAAGAUGAGAGAAUUAUACUGUUCUGGUACUUAGAGAAGUAAUAUAAAUCGAAAUUAUCUUAAGGGCUUAACCUAUAUAGAGAGACUUGGGUGUCCUAUAAUCAGACUUCAAAAGCUGGAACGGUUCGACGUGGUGGUGGUGGAAUGCAGUUGAAAACAAAAACAAAACUUCAGUUUAUAAAUAUAUAUAUAUGAUUGCUUUUUAAGUGAUUUUUUUUUUUGUUAACUCAUGUAAAUUCUCAAAUCCUUUUGCACUGAUGUGUUCAACAUACUCUUGUACAUUCAAUUCAGGCAAACUUUUAUAAUUUUUUUUUUGUUUGUUUAAAUGACGAAAUGUUACAGCAUGGUGAUAUUCUAUGCAACUAGUUAUACUCUUUAGUUUGACACUGUAAUUUCUCAUGAUUUAAAGAUUGUAGAACUAGACCUAACAGGGUUCUCAUGAUGUGCGUAACUGUAGAUGCAUGAACUUGUGUUCUGUGUAUUUGUUGAAGUGCAAUGAUGUAUAAAAAGUGGAUUCACCUGUUUUUAAAAAUAAAACACUGACCAAAAAAACACGUGAGGCUUUUUCAAAUAUUUAAUCACACCUAAG